AUGUUUCAGAACACGGAUCAGGAGUUUCACAUUUGCAUGGACCUUGUGUGUUUUAAGCCUGAAGAAGUGAAGAUAACUUCUAACAACAAGCAGAUAUGUGUCUCAGCCAAACACGAGAAGAAGCAAGGCAAGCAUGGCUACGUGUCUCGGCAAAUGACUCGCAUGUUCUCGUUGCCACUGGAUGUUGAUCCAAAGGCUGUGACCUCUACAAUGAACAACAACGGCGUCAUGCUCAUCAGAGCAGGCAAGAAAGCAGUGGAGGCUCCCAAGGAAGUCCCAUUCCCUGUGGAAUACAAGGGCUGCUAG